AAAGUCAUACACACUAUGUAUGCAAAUGUGAUCUAUAUUUGAAUCAAUAAGUCAAACCUCUAAACCAGUUUCAUAGUUAGUAAAAUUCAUAGUUAAAAACUUAAAAUGCAGUCAUCAAUUACAUUCUCUCUACAUACAAACAAAAUCAUCAAUUACAAACCCAAAUUCAUUCAACUUUCAUUAAGAUCCAAUAUUCAACCAAAACCAAUAUUAUCACUCCCUUCCACAUCAAAAUUCAACAAAAUCUACACCUCCAAAGUUGCUCCACUUCAUUGCGGCAUUUCAUCGAACAGUUACAGUUCAAAUGAAGAGAGGGGUGUUAGGAAGUGGAUUGAGUUGGGUAGUGAGGCUAUAUCAACAGCGUUUCCAUUAUGGGUAACAAUUGGGUGUGUGUUGGGUUUGCUGAGACCAAGUUCGUUCAAUUGGGUUACUCCUAAGUUGUGUACAGUGGGGCUUGGUGUGAUUAUGCUUGGGAUGGGUAUGAGUUUGACUCUUGAUGAUCUUCGUUCUGCUCUUUUUAUGCCUAAAGAAGUUAUUUCUGGUUUUGUACUUCAAUAUUCGGUGAUGCCAAUAUCUGCGUUUCUUGUAAGCAAACUCUUAAAUCUUCCCUCACAUUAUGCAGCUGGUUUAAUAUUAGUCGGAUGUUGUCCAGGGGGUACAGCUAGUAACAUUGUUACAUAUCUUGCACGUGGAAAUGUGGCACUUUCUGUGAUAAUGACAGCUGCUAGUACUCUAUCUGCUGUGAUCAUGACUCCUUUUCUGACGGCCAAACUUGCUGGUAAGUAUGUUGCCGUGGACGCAGCUGGCUUAUUGAUGUCUACAUUGCAAGUUGUGCUUCUUCCUGUAUUGGCCGGCGCGUUUCUGGUUAAAUAUUUCCAACCUUUUGUAAAAUUUAUCUCUCCAUUGAUGCCACCAAUGGCUGUAGCAACCGCAGCAAUGUUAUCUGGAAACGCCAUUGCCCAAAGUUCAUCAUCAAUUCUUAUGUCUAGUGGACAAGUGAUUUUAGCAUCUUGCCUUCUUCAUGCUUCUGGAUUCUUCUUUGGUUACAUACUCGCAAGGAUGCUUGGGCUAGACGUCUCAUCAUCACGAACAAUAUCCAUUGAGGUUGGCAUGCAGAACGCAGCUCUUGGUGUUGUUCUCGCUACCAAUCACUUUGGAGAUCCUCUAACAACAGUACCUUGUGCUGUUUCAAGUGUGUGUCACUCAAUCUUUGGUAGUAUCUUGGCAGGAAUUUGGAGGUUUUCUGUGCCUGCUGAGAUUAAAGACUGAAAAUAUCUAGCUGGAUGCAUGUAACUAGGAAUUGUAUUUGUAUAAUGUGAUGUGUAGUCCUUCAAAUAAAGUUUAAAUGAUUAUAUAUUUUUAUUGCUUAAAUUUGUAUAUUAAUAUUUAACAAAUUGUUCUUAUUUUGUACAGAAUCGAUGUUAUAUUGAUCGAA